ACCAAUGGAGUUUCUACACUGCAGUGACAGUGUCAGGGUCAAACAGAAAUGAAGAGGCAGAGAGAGAUGGGCAGGAAAAAGGUCAAGGUGGUAAUUUAAUAGAAAAACCCUAGAAACUUUUCUUGCUCUCAGGUAUAAAGGACCAAUAUUAGAAAAACCUAUCUGCUUUAGUAUCAGGAGGCAGUUACUGUUUUCACUCAGAUCACCAUCUUGAGUAAACAUGGCGGAUGGAUCUGGGAAUCCAUCGGUUUUCAGGAAUAUACAUGGGCAGUCAUCUCUCAUUUCAAAGCUUUCCUCAAACUUGCACACCAGGAAUUAUAACAUGACUAGUGGUGCACUCUCUAAUGGUUUCCAUGGCCAUUUGCAUCCUGCAAUUCAGGGAACUGGUCUGGCACUUGUGCCACAUGUUUCCCCAAUAUUUGCUGAAGCACCAUCCGAGAAAGGUGCUAAAGGAUUUAUGAUUGAUUUUCUCAUGGGAGGAGUGUCAGCUGCUGUUUCAAAGACAGCUGCUGCUCCAAUUGAGCGGGUUAAACUCUUGAUUCAAAAUCAGGAUGAAAUGAUCAAGGCUGGUCGAUUAUCUGAACCAUACAAGGGUAUCACUGACUGCUUUGCCAGAACCAUCAAGGAGGAGGGCAUCCUUGCUCUUUGGAGAGGCAACACUGCUAAUGUUAUCAGAUACUUCCCCACCCAGGCCCUGAACUUUGCAUUCAAAGAUUACUUCAAGAGGUUGUUUAAUUUCAAGAAGGAAAGGGAUGGCUAUUGGAAGUGGUUUGCUGGGAACUUGGCGUCUGGUGGAGCUGCUGGUGCUUCAUCUCUUCUAUUUGUUUACUCCUUGGAUUAUGCCCGUACUCGUUUGGCUAAUGAUGCAAAGGCAGCUAAAAAGGGUGGCGGGAGGCAGUUUAAUGGGUUGAUUGAUGUUUAUAAGAAAACCCUCCAGUCCGAUGGUGUUGCUGGACUUUAUCGUGGAUUUAACAUAUCAUGUGUUGGAAUUAUUGUGUACCGUGGGCUCUACUUUGGAAUGUACGAUUCUCUUAAGCCUGUGGUUUUGGUUGGUGAUUUGCAGGAUAGUUUCUUUGCAAGUUUCAUGUUAGGAUGGGGAAUUACAAUAGGUGCGGGGUUGGCCUCUUACCCCAUUGAUACAGUCCGUAGAAGGAUGAUGAUGACUUCAGGAGAAGCCGUAAAGUAUAAGAGCUCGUUGGAUGCAUUUAAACAGAUCAUCAAGAAUGAAGGACCUAAAUCACUCUUCAAGGGUGCUGGUGCAAACAUUCUGCGUGCAGUGGCAGGUGCUGGUGUGCUUGCUGGAUAUGACAAGCUGCAGGUCAUUGUCUUUGGCAAGAAAUAUGGAUCUGGCGGCGGCGGCUAAUAUGAUUGGUGAUACUGCAGCCAUGAAGACGACGAUGAUGAUAAAAGUUAAUGCUUUUGUUAGGGUUCUUUUCCCAACUUCGAAUAUUUUUUCGAGGAAUGUUAGUGCUCUCUUGGGAUUUCGUAUAAAAAUAUGUAGUCUGGACCAUCUUCGAUUUUGAGUGUUGUAAUUAGUGGUUCAGCUUAAACGAUGUUUGUUUGUGUCAUGAUGAGAAUCAGGGGAGUUCAGAGUC